AGAAAAAGCCAAAUACCAAGUUAUAUACUGGAACUUAUUUUUUCCUAAAUAGUUUCCACCAAACGGCCCUCAAGGGUUUAAGCCAGCAGAACAAGGGUUUAACGACAGAGAAAAUUCACAUUUCUGCAGAAAAAUUGAUAUCAAUGGCGUCUUCACUGUCGAGAAAGCUUUUACGCACGAUGCUGACGAACCCUAGAUCCAUUAAAGCUUCGCAACUAUCUUCUUUUUGCACAAAAAUCUCUUCAGCUACAGAGGAUUUCUCCUCUCCGGAUUCUGACCGCGUUGAGUUGGAGUCCGCAUCGGACGCCGAACCCGAAUCAACUGGAUUUUCAUCACCUUCAGCUUCUGAUUUUAAUCAAGAACGCAAAUUCGUUGAACGUCCCCUAGAGAAUGGUCUAGAAGUUGGCAUUUACAAGGCAAUCUUGGUUGGUCAAGUUGGCCAGACACCAAUACAAAAGAAGUUGAAGAGUGGGAGGACCGUUACUCUGCUAUCCCUUGGAACAGGUGGGAUUCGGAACAACAGGAGGCCAUUUGAUAAUGAAGAGCCAAGAGAAUAUGCCAAUAGGUGUGCAGUUCAGUGGCACAGGGUCUCAGUCUAUCCUGAGAGGUUGGGGGAAAUGGCCAUGAAGAGUAUUGUUCCAGGUUCAAUCUUGUAUGUGGAGGGUAACCUUGAAUCAAAAAUCUUCACUGAUCCUAUCACUGGUCUUGUGCGGCGCAUACGAGAGGUUGCUGUACGAAGAAAUGGUCGUCUGGUUUCCCUUGGGAAUGGGAAUGAAGCCCAGCAGCCAUCACAAGCAGAAAUCAAAGGGGUUGGUUAUUACUGAGUGGGCUUGUAAUGAAAGUAAUUGAAUCUUUAUGUAGAAGAAUUGUAUUUGAGUUGUUUUUUGUUUCUUUUCUCCUCACAUUAAUCCUAAGAGAGGUUAAUUUCAAACCAGCCAUCUGAUGCUCACUAUGUAAACUGAAUCAGUGAUCUAAUAGUUCUGCACCUAUAAGUUGUGUUCUGAUAAUUUUUUUCAUC